AGAAUUCAUCGAAAGAGACUACGUUGCAAUCAAAAAAGCAAACCCAAACUUCCCCAUCUUGGUCAGAGAAACGAGUGCCAUCGAUCCAAAGGUCUUCGCACGCUACGGAUUUGGCGUUGAGAAGAAAGAGAAUUUGAGCGGUAUGAGUGCCGAUGAGGUGGCCAAAACUAUUGAGAGUCUAGUAAAGUCUGGUUAA